AUGUUUGAUCAAAUUGAAACUUAUUUAUUACAAAGAAUAUUUGAAGAUUUAGAUCCAAAUAUUUUCAAUAAUAUUAAUUUGAAUACCAAUGAUGAACCUUACCAAAAAAUUCCAAAAACUAAUGCACAAAUUAAAUCAUCAAUACGAGAAUCAAAAACUACUACUAUACAUUUUAAAUAUCAAAUUAAAGUAUUUAAUCAUAUCAUAAAAUUAUUAGAACCAAUUACAAAUAAAUUAAAUAAAUCAAAUUAUAAAAUCGCUGUAUUAUAUUUAGAAAAUCUGAUAUUAAAUCCUCAAAAAACAAAUAAUACAAGAAGACAUAUAUUAGAUAUAAUAUAUUAUAUAUAUGAAAAUAUAGAUGAUGAACAAAUACUAGAUCUUAAAGAAAUUGAAAAAAUUUUACAUCUUUUCAUUCGUAAAAAUGACGAAUUCGAUUCAAUUAUAUCUGAUUUAAACUAUUUCAUAAUAGUUUCAAAACAUGAUUUGCUAAAAAUUGACAAUAUAUACAAUCCAGUAAAAACUUCAAAACUAUUGAUACUAAAUGCAUUAUCAUUAACCUAUUCAUUUGAAUUAUUUCAUUAUCCUGAAACAGCAGAUAAACUAGAUAAAUUAAAUAUACAUUAUAAAAUUUUAAUAAAUCAAUUUGCACCUUAUUAUUUUACAUAUGCAUUAAAUGAAAACCUAAAUAAGAAAAAAUUUGAUGAAACUUUGAAAUAUGACUUAGAAGAAGAACAUCAAAAUCAUCAAAAUCAUCAGCAACAUCAAGAUAUCAAAACAAAAUUACUGUCAUUUUUCAAACAAUCUUAUUCAUUACCAAAAUUUGAAGAAGUUGCAAUAAAAUUUUGUGAAUUAAAUACUGAAUCUAACGUAGAUUUAAAAAUUAUGGAAUUAUUUGAUGCUAUAUCAUUAGCUGAAUUAGAAACUGAAGAAAUUGUACCUAAAUUUGAACAAGCUUUUAUUGAAUAUCUUAAAUGGCGAAAAAUAUUUGAUUAUGCUAAAAGAGAAGAAAAUGAUGAUGAAGAUGAAGAUCAAAUAAAUGAAACAAUUUCGGGGAUAUUGAAUAGAUAA